AUGCGCACGGACUACAAACCUGAGGAAGUGCGAACGGAGGUACUGCCUCUCUUCGAUUCGAAGACAUUCUGGAAACAACUUUCGUACAAAGCGCAGACGCGAUUGCUACCCAAGCUUGUACCUAAGCCACUUAACGUUACCUCUCCUACCAAGAAGAAACUACCAGUUGACCGUGCGCUCGCGGUAAAGUUUCCAGUCCCUAGCGACAAAGACAAAGCGAAAUUGCAGCUUCGAUUGUUGAGCAAUCAGCCAGUAGCUCUCGCCCCGAUGACUUCCGCGGCGAAAUCAGACGCGCUUCUUAAAGCACCUCAGCGGCCCACAAUCCCCAAGAACAAGGAUGAACUCGACGCCUUCCAAAGGAAAAGAAGAACCCGACAGUCCGCCUGCAUCGGCUUUAUCACAGCCGUCGAGCAUCAACAACGCGACUUUCAGUACCGCUACUGCAACUCAAAAGCCCCCCAGAAGCACGUCUUCACUUCCGAACGAAAAUUGGCGUAA